GAGGUUGCCCAGCACAGCAGCACAGCACACGGCUGCAACAAUGGCCACCUCUCCUAUGCUCUUCCUUGUCUCCCUCCUACUAGUACUAGUCGCCGCCGCCACUGGCGACGAGGCAUCGCCGUCGAACGCGGCGGCGCCGGCGGCGCCCGUGCUGGUCGGCGGGAGGACGGAGAUCAGGGACGUGGGCAGCAACAAGGCGGUGCAGUCGCUGGGCCGCUUCGCCGUCGCCGAGCACAACCGCCGCCUCCGCCACGGCGGCUCCGGCGGCCCCGCCGACCCCGUCCCGGUGAAGCUCGCGUUCGCACGCGUCGUGGAGGCGCAGAAGCAGGUCGUCUCCGGCGUGGCCUACUACCUCAAGGUCGCCGCGAGCGCGAGGGACCCCCGCGGCGGCGCCGCCGCCGGCGGUGACCGGGUGUUCGACGCCGUGGUGGUGGUGAAGGCCUGGCUCAAAUCCAAGGAGCUCGUCUCCUUCACGCCUGCUUCUUCUACCAAAUAAUCAUGCUCAAAUAUAUGUAUUAGUUUCACUCUAAUUAUAUUAAUUAUUACUAGUUGGACUUUACUCCCUCCGUCUAAUAAAAAAUCAACCCUAGUACGGAUGUAAUACAUUAUAGUACUACGAAUCAGACAUCCGGUACCAUAGUUUUUUAUGGAACGGAGAUAUUAGUUUUUUAUGGGACGGAUGGAAUAAUUACGAAGCAUGUGCGUGCACAGGCUUAUACUCCUCCUUUUGGAGUAUAUGGCAUAUGCAUGUAUGGUUUUGUUUGGUUC